CAAACGCCGUCCAUUUCUCAUUCGACAAAAUUUAUACGAGAGGGAAAUAGAGAGCGCGCAUUAUCCAAAAGCUUUAAUUUAAUAUAAGCCGCAGGUUUAACACAAAAUAAAGAGAAUAACUUCAUAUUUUGGGGGGUAUUAUUGAUCUACGGAAUUGAUCUCAAGCAAGAACGUCACGACUCUACAAUUGGUAUCCAAGUGACAGGAGAGGAACACACCCUUUGAACACACACAACCGUUAACCAUUCUGGGCCAACUGCUGCGUGGAGCAUGGAGUGUGCCCAAUCAGAGAUGAGCAUCCUUCCCAAUGGGAAAGGUCAUGACCUGGGGGAUGACAUGUGCGUGCCAAUGAAGACCAUGCCUGAGGAAGAUACAAAUGGUACUACAAAUGUCAGAUUCGACGAGGGAGACGGAAUCAUUGCAGAGAGUGAGGAGUUUCUGCCCAAUGGAGAUGGGAAGAAGCCAGCCCGCUUCACUGACUUUGAGGGUAAGACCUCUUUUGGCAUGUCUGUGUUCAACCUGGGGAAUGCCAUCAUGGGCAGUGGGAUCCUGGGACUGGCCUAUGCCAUGGCUAAUACUGGCAUCCUCCUCUUCCUGUUUCUUCUGACUGCAGUGGCAGCCCUGUCCUGUUACUCCAUCCACCUGCUGCUGAAAUCCUCUGGCAUUGUGGGGAUUCGAGCCUACGAGGAGCUGGGAUUCAGGGCCUUCGGAACACCGGGGAAAAUGGCCGCCGGUAUCGCCAUCACACUGCAGAACAUCGGAGCCAUGUCCAGCUACCUUUACAUUGUCAAGUCUGAGUUUCCAUUGGUCUUACAGACCUUCCUGAAGGAGGAUCCUACCGCUGAUCUGUGGUACCUGAAUGGUAACUACCUGGUGGUCAUGGUCUCCAUCAGCAUCAUCCUUCCUCUGGCCCUGAUGAAACAACUCGGUUACCUUGGCUACACCAGUGGUUUCUCACUCAGCUGCAUGGUAUUCUUCCUCAGUGCUGUCAUCUAUAAAAAGUUCCAGAUCCCCUGUCCCUUUGAGGAGUUUGCAGGCAACCACACCGCUCACCUCCACCUCAAUGACUCAGCCGACGCCCACGGCCUCGGCUACCACAACGGCCUGGUCCACGAGGUGGACGACUCCCACUGCGGCCCGCGCAUGUUCACCAUCAACUCACAGACGGCGUACACCAUCCCCAUCCUGGCCUUUGCUUUCGUGUGCCACCCCGAGGUCCUGCCUAUCUACACGGAGCUGCGCAACCCCACUCAGAAGAGGAUGCAGCACGUGUCCAACAUCUCCAUCCUGGUCAUGUACACCAUGUACUUUCUGGCCGCUCUGUUUGGCUACCUGACCUUCUAUGGGAAGGUGGAGCCGGAGCUUCUGCACACCUACAGCCGAAUCGACCCCUACGACACUCUGAUGCUGUGCGUGCGGCUGGCCGUCCUCACCGCCGUCACCCUGACCGUCCCUAUCGUCCUCUUCCCGGUACGCAGGGCCAUCCAGCACAUGCUGUUCCCCAACAAGACCUUCAACUGGCUGCGUCACGUCGCCAUCGCCGUCAUCCUGCUCUCCACGAUCAACAUGCUGGUCAUUUUCGCCCCCAACAUCCUGGGGAUCUUUGGGAUCAUUGGUGCUACAUCUGCCCCCUGCCUCAUCUUCAUCUUCCCAGCUGUCUUCUACAUCCGCAUCGUACCCACGGACAGGGAACCCAUGAACUCCACUCCUAAGAUAGUGGCUGCUUGCUUUGCCGGCCUGGGCGUCCUCUUCAUGACAAUGAGUUUGAGCUUCAUCAUCAUUGAUUGGACAACAGGGAGCAGCAAUGCAGGGGGUGGCCACUAGGGGCCGCUGUGUGUGUUUGUGGGUGGGGUUAGGGAAUGGGUGAAAAGUUUGGGGAUGGAAAGUUCAUGAUUUUAUAAGGGUGUAUUGUAAUGGAUGUGUGAUCCACUCAUAGGUGGGAGGGGGGUGGGUGCAAAGGCAGGGAGGGGCGGGCUCCAGGACCUACCUUGAUCUUGCCCGACGAAUGGCUCAAGCCAAGAGAUAUUUCGAUCACAUUCACCGUACGCACUUGAACACAGCAAAGUGGUUGCUAACGACGAAGACGUGAUUCAUAAUCAGGAGUGAACAGGGUAUUUUGUUUCAAAUCGAUAUCUAUGAGUGGGACAGCGCUUCAGUCGGGCCAUCACAGACAUCAGCCAAGCUUUUCACUUCCCUCCCAUCCCCUCCUCCCACACACGUCCCCUCCCCCCCUCACAGAGUUUAUUUAUCUCUUCCAACCCCCAGGUGACCGUCUGACCUCCUGGUGAGUUACCCACUGCUAGUACUGUACCGAAGCGCAGUUAGAUUUUAUACUGGAAGGGAAACGGGAGGGCCAAAAAACGACACACGGUUAGGGAAGUCAGACAAAUGUUUUUGUGUGCAGAACCACUCUGAUGAUUCUAUUCGCUGUUCAUUGGUGUUCUGCACACGAGUGGUAUCACUGGACAGAGAAGGGUUUAAGAAAGGCUGGAUGGAGUGUUCUAACCUUCUGGUGUUUGUCCUACUCACCGUGUGACACAGGAGUUUUCAGCUAUUCUGAUUGGCUGUUUAUUUCCUAUUUUGCAUAGGAACGCAAUGUAUAUCUCUGUUGAUUAUGUGCCAAAGGAAAGUAUAUGGUGGUAGGUGUUGGUCAAGGCUAAGGUCCCAAAUGCAUGUGGUAUGGAACUCUAGAUUUGCAGUGUGUACCACACACAUAUCGUGAAACUGAAAUGUAUAUUUAUUUAACUAUAUCAAUGUUUUUUGUUGUAAUUUCACAAUGUAGGCUAUUGGAGAACAGAACCGAGUAUUUAACUAUGAUCAGGUAUCUGUAGAUGCACAGUCUGCUCUUAUGUGAUUUGUAUGAUAUGUGACAGUCUACACUGCUUUGAAGCUUUGAGGGCGCAGAGUUUAAAACAGACUUUAUUUACAAGGGUGGGCAGUACAUCCUAAGAUUCUUAGCACGGUAUACAUAAGAGUAAUUACUAGGUUUCUACUGUCAGUAUAUUAGGACACAUUUCACAAUAAAUAUGAACCACACAAAACCCAUAGAAGUUUACAAAAUGAAUUAGAAGUAUUUAAGUAUUCCUACAUGCAUAACAAUUGCUGCAAUGAAUUCAAAUAUAAUAAUGCUAUGUAAAUAAGAGUACGUACAAUGUUGGCCGAUGUAUUUUAUACGUCUGACAUCUUUCGAUUGAGGUGAGACCUUGUGAACCCCAAUCAUGACCAAAUGAGAUAGGAGGCACCCUCUUUCUAACUGGUCAUGGUUCUGUGGGUGAAGAGGUCUCGCUCUCAAUGUCUCAACUACCAUCGGCUGCUCAGGAGGUAUGCUUCUCGAUGCCCAAAGCAAAACAUGGUGUUUUGCUUUGGGCAACCUUUUAGCGAUGUCUUGCUUCCUCUUAUGAAGUCCAUGCGCCGACACAGCAUACAGUGGCAGUAGAAGGCUACCUGUUUCAAACCGUUCUCAUUGCCCACCUCUACAUCCAUGUUCAAUUGAGUGACGUGUAAUCCAAGAAACAAAUAGAAAUUCAAUGUUAUGAUUCGGUGGUGUCUACAGGCUGUUUUCACUUUCGCAUUGCCACACUAUAUGAGAGAUGUGUUUUGUGAUCUGUUGAAGUUGCUGGACCUGUCUUGGUGGUCUCUUGAUAUCGCUUUGAAGACCUGUUGAGUGAUUGAUCCUGUGGUUGAAGUGGCGUGUGUGGAAGCAGCCCUUUCUAGUAGUUGGCUCAAUGAACCGUCAUUUAUGUCAAUGCUCCAUCUACUAUAAUACCUGUGUCAGUAUGACUUAGGCUUAUAUGUUUGGUGCCGUAUUAUAAAAACAGUGUGGCUUUGUAAAUCCAGGUUUUGAAACAUUGAAGAAAUGGUAAAUGAUUUGUAGAAGAAGAUUAAUUAAGGUAUUGUAUUGUUCUGUCUAGCUCUCCAUGUUAUAACGCUACCAUUUGUAUUAUUCUACAAGCUAUCAGCAUUAUCAUUACUCAAUACUUACAUGAAGAGAUGUCAGUUUGGUUAACUCCUCUGACCCCAGUCCUUGAAGUGACUACAUGUUGAUACAGCAAUAUAUAUAUAUUCAAAAGCACAAGAUCAUUUCCUGAGAUGUUGGUCUCCAGUUAAGAGUUUAACAAUAUUCAAUACAGAGGUUUCAUCCACAAAAUGAUGGUUGUAUGUUUGUUGUAAUUUCAUUUCUAACCUCAAAUAUUUCUUUAGCCAAUAAGACAUUUUUAUACACUUAUACACUACAGGGGAAAUUGCGUUCUGUGUAUUCAUUCACUUAUAAUUUAAAAUGUGUUUAUUUUACUUAUCCAUGACUAAACUGAAUUGUUUUUUAAUGUGCCUAGCUCAAUCCUGUUUUUUAAACUGGUCAUCAUGCCAAGGUACUGGGGGAUAAAACAUUGACAUAUGCCUCUUUACAAAGAUAUCUACUUACCUGUUUCUCUUGGAAAUACCUUCAACUUAAGAUGAAGCACAUCAGUUAUACAUCAGCCAUUGUUCCAACUGCAAGCCUGGAUUCACAUAUUACUUAAACUGAUUUAUACCUAUUAAUAUUUUGUUAUAUUUCUUGUUAAAACAUUGUGAUUUAUUUUCAAGAAAAUUAAAAGACUAGGGUGAAUAACAAGUUAUAUAUCGAUUUUGGGCUUAUAAGGUGGCUUAUAUAAAUAAUGUAUAUAAAUGUAAACCCUUUAUAUUCGUGAUGCAUAUCUAGCUUGUAUAGUGUAAAUAGCAGCGACCGUUUUAGUUUGACAAUAAAACAAAUGUAGAUGUUUUUACAA